GUGUUAGUAGUUGAUAAUCAGCUUCCAUGACUUCCGAGCACUAUUUCCGUCACCAGUUUUGCUCUGACCUGCCAGUGUGCAAUUCGUUCCGAGUACUUUAAUUCAAUACCAAUUUCCAGUGACUUUAAAUGCCCAUCACAUAUAAUACCGACGCGCUGGUGGAAAUGGAAUGGUCCGGAGAUGGUGACAACACGGAUUACAGCACGACAUCAUCGCCGGCCAACAACUAUCGUCGAAAUCCUCAGCAGGACCAUGAUUCCAUGUCAGAUGAAGACGAUCUGUCGGACGAGUUCUCUCUCCUUGAUAGUGAUGAUGAAAAGAAAACGUGCACUAUUCAUGCGGCAACAAAUUCGGAACCACGAGGUAUAGUGAAAAAAAUAUUUACAAACACUCGUGAACGAUGGCGUCAACAGAAUGUCAGCGGAGCGUUUGCCCAACUACGCGAUUUAGUUCCAACCCAUCCUCCAGAUAAAAAACUAUCCAAAAACGAAAUACUUCGUAUGGCCAUAAGGUACAUACGCCUCCUGACGAAUGUUCUAGAAUGGCAAAAUGGCCAUGAAAAUAACAUGCAGAUUAAAUGCGAAGACGCAAUCGUCCGACAUGCAAUCCAAAACCAAUAUACGACCACGCACUCACAAGCGCUGCGGAUGCGAGCGAGAUUGCGAAGGAACUUGGGACAACAUCCGUUGUGCGACCGAAACGGCAACAAUCUCUUGAUGAUCGCGCCCAAUAAUCAUCUCACGUUGAAGCGUCACAUUAUGUGCUUGGAGGCGCCGCCGGCGCAAAAAUCCAAGGUGAAAAUCGAACACCACGACGACGACAACUACAAGGAUGACAACGACAGUAGCAAAACAAAGAAUGGCAGAAAUGGCGACAAGGGUAAAUAAAAUUAUGUGCAAUACACCCACUUACUCAUUAUUAUAAUAUAACCCAUAUAUUUAUAACUACUUGGAAUUAAAAGUAGCGCUAGAAAUAAAAGUUUCAAAUCACA